AAAAGUAGAGGGGUUUCUUUAGGAACAGAAGUAUUCUGGAAUUAGUGGUGAUAGCUGCACAGUGUAGUGAAUAUACUAAAACCCCCUAAAGUAUAAACUUGAAAUCAUAAAUUUUUUGUUAUAUGAAUUAUAUCUCAAUUUUUUAAAUGCUCAAAACCAAAGGAAAAAAAAAAGAGCACUGUGUAUCCCAAAAUGAAAUGGAAGUUGUUAUAACAGUUUGGAGACUGAGAUUGAAGGAUUUCAAAAAAACUGAAGUAAUUUGGUACCCGCCUAUAACAGAGAUAACUGAUAGAGAACUUUUUUCUAUUCUAUGGCAUUUAAAGGAUGAAGGAAAAGGUCCUAUGUUGUGGUUUUAUAGCUGGAGAAGAAAGAAUCAGUCUGGCCCUCUGCUCAGAGCCAAGGAAUGUGGUUAGAGAUGUUAUACAAACUAAGACGAUAAAACCAAAUUACCUCCACUGGGCAAAUCAUGUAUAGUUCAGAAAACAGGCAAGUUGGAAAACUACUAGGAAGUGGAGGAAGGACUGAAGGGGUGUGAUUUUUGUUUCUUACGUACAAUCCAACAACAGCCUUCCUCAGAUUUUUGCUAAAAUAAGAACAUUUUCACACGUUUUAAUUGCCCUGUAAUAACAAUAGUGUGAACUCCAUCCACAAACAUUUAUUAUCUAUUUAGUUUUGCUCAAAUUUCAAUGUAACAAGAAUUCACCUUGUAAGUGGGAGUAACUGUCCAUUUAAUAAAAUGAAAUUACUUUCACAUUGCUAAUCCUGUUGUGCAUUUCUAUAAUAAAGUAUUAAUAACAAAAUGGCCUUUUCUCUUUCUCCAUUUUUCAGUUCCAUCUAUGGGUUGCUGUUUUCAAAGUAGCAUCUUUAUAAACUGGAAUACCACUUGCUUCUUGCACGUUUGUAAAGAAUGUUCAAAAAAAUUGUAGAAGUUACAUUUUCACAAUAUUUUUGACCUGUCAUUUACACCAUCCUUAAUAGUGAUGCUACAGGACGAAGAGGAAUGGACAAAAACAUUGGCGAGCAACUCAAUAAAGCUUAUGAAGCCUUCCGGCAGGCAUGCAUGGAUAGAGAUUCUGCAGUAAAAGAAUUACAGCAAAAGCAGACUGAAAACUAUGAGCAGAGAAUACGUGAGCAACAGGAACAGCUGUCACUUCAACAAACUAUUAUUGACAAGCUAAAAUCACAGUUACUUCUUGUGAAUUCCAGUCGAGGUAAUAGUUAUGGCUGUGUUCCCCUGCUUGAAGACAGUGAAUCAAGGAAGAAUAAUUUGACUCUUGAUCAGCCACAUGAUAAAGUGAAAUCAGGAAUACCAAGAGAAAAACAAUCAAAGAUAAGAAGACAAGAGGUUUCUUCUCCUAGAAAAGAAACUCCAUCUAGGAGUCUUGGCAUUCCUUUACUCCAUGAAAGGAGUUAUAUAGAAAAGACUUUCUGGGAUCUGAAAGAAGAAUUUCAUAGAAUAUGCAUGCUAGCAAAAGUACAAAAAGACCACUUAAGCAAACUUAGUGUACCAGACACUGCAACUGAAAGCCAGUGCUCUAUUCCUGUACAGUGUACGGAUAAAACAGAUAAACAAGAUGCGCUGUUUAAGUCUCAGGCUAAAGAUGAUAUAAAUAGCAGUGCACCGUGCAUCACAUCUGUCACACCCAGAGGACUGGGCCAGGAUGAGGAAGACACCUCUUUUGAAUCACUUUCUAAAUUCAAUGUCAAGUUUCCACCUAUGGACAGUGAUUCUACUUUCUUACAUAGCACUCAAGAGAGACCCAAAGUCCUCGGUCCUGCCACAUCUGAGGCAGUGUGUCAGGACAAAUCUAAUAUGGAGCUCGGCAACAACCCAGGAAACUUUGUUAACACUGAAGAAACUGUAUUUGAAAUUCAGGGAAUUGACCCUAUAGCUUCAGCCAUACAAAACCUUAAAACAACUGACAAAACAAAACCCUCAAAUCUUGUAAACACUUGUGUCAGGACAACUCUGGAUAAAGCUCUGUGUUUGCCACCUGGAGACCAUAAUGCAUUAUAUGUAAAUACAUAUCCACUUCAGGACCCAUCUGAUAUACCUUAUCCCUCGCUCGAUUCCUCAGGAAGAGCUGUCCGAGGACCACAGCAGCCUGUUUGGAAGCCCUAUCCUAUUCAAGACAGUGGCUUAUUGAUAUUAAGUGGUACAGACUCAGAACUGCAUAUACCUCGAGUAUGUGAAUUCUGUCAAGCAGUUUUCCCACCAUCCAUUACAUCCAGGGGGGAUUUCCUUCGGCAUCUUAAUUCACACUUUAAUGGGGAAACUUAAAGACUCAUUUGAGAACAGACAUAUCAAGUUCUGUGUGAUGAUUUUGGGUUUGUAGUGCUAUAAAUACUUGAUUGAAAACGUAAUUCAAGAACAGUUAUAGAAAAAUUCAGUGCCGCUUUUUGGCGCUUUCUUUUAUUUUCUUUUAAAAGAUCAGUCUGUACAAAAAUGCAGUUCAUUGUAUUCAUGUUUACAGUGUUACUACCAUAAUUCAAAAUUAUGUAUGUGUCUUAUGGAGUUAUAUAAUCAUAGUUCAAGUUUGUUUCAAAUAUCUAAGCUUAUUGCUUGGAUUUCUAGUUAGAUUUGUUGGAUUUGGUAAUGUCAAAUGUGUAUAGGCUUUCUUUCAUUUUCAUUUAAAAAUUUAGAUUAUUUAUGCUAUUGUGGUGUUCUUUUUGUAUAAACUUUUGACAGAGAAUUGCAGACAACAUAAAACAUCUAAAUAAAUGCCAAACCUAAGACAUUUGUUGGCCAAUGAUAAAAUCACUGGUAGAAUUAUUUAAACACUUAAGAUUUUUUUUUUAAUAUACAUGGUUUUAAUUUUUAUUAUGUAUAUAGCUAUAUGAUGAAAUGAAAUAUUUAAAAAGUUACUUAAUGUGAUCAUUAAUGUAUUCUUUGCUUCUGGGUAAAAAAAAAAGAAUAAAGAAAAUUUAAUCACG